AUGGACGAUGCAGAGAGGUGGGCAGGGAAAAACGACGGAGGAGGGGAGGGCCAGGGGGACGGCAGGGAUGAGGGCAGGGCGGAGGACAGGGAGGAGGGCAGGGAGGAUGGUAGAGAGGAGGGCAGGGAGGAUGGUAGAGAGGAGGGCAGGGAGGAUGGUAGAGAGGAGGGCAGGGAGGAUGGUAGGACACUCUUCUUGCACCAGAGUGCGUACGUGGCGAAGGUGCAGCAGCGGUACUUCAAGGGGGCGCCACCAAAGAAGCAGCCGAUCACUCCUCUCUCCUCUGCCAGCUUUGCCAAGCAGGAUGCCGGGCAGUUUGCCAACCUCGCCUUGCAGUAG